AUGGCAGGUCUUGCAGGACCAAUAUGUCCAACUCCAUCUCCACCUCCACCUCCAGGAUCCUGCUGCGAGUGUUGUGCUACUCCUAUUCAAACUCAAUCUACAUCUGGUGCUCCUUUAAGCCCAACAUCACGAAGUUCCUCAAUUAUCACGUACACAGACGUUACAUUUGCAAUUAGGGACUUUGACGUUGAUGGCAAAAUUAAUUGGGUUGCCAAAAAUGAAGUUACAGCUUACGUACAUGAGUAG